AUGGACAACGCAUCCCAUUCUCAAUUUCCAAACGUCUCAGAAAGUGGCAAUGUUUCCGUGCCAUCAGCAACCCCAAAAUGCAUUAUCCGUGAUCACUUCCUCUCCACUGUCCUGCCCAUCAUUUACUCCCUGAUCUGUGUGGUUGGCCUGGCUAGCAACUCGCUGGCCUUGUGGGUCUUCUUCAGGAUUCAGAGGAAGCCCACCUCCAUCUCCGUGUACAUGAAGAACCUGGCCAUUGCUGACCUCCUGCUGUGCCUCUGCCUUCCCUUCAGGAUUGCCUACCACAUUGGGGAGUACAAGUGGAUGGUAAAAUGCUACUUCUGUAAGAUCAUUGGGGCUUCGUUCUACAGUUCCAUGUACAUCAGCAUUCUGUUCCUCGGGCUGAUUAGCCUGGAUCGCUACCUGAAGAUCACAAAGCCACUCAAACAGUUCCGGAUCCACACUGUGCCCUGGAGCUCAGCUGUCUCCAAGUUCGUGUGGGUUGGCGUCCUCGCCUGUAUGCUCCCCUUUGUAAUCAGUAGCUUCAACAGCUCAACCCAAGAAAAAUGCUUCCACUAUAAAGAGCAGACCAUGACAAGUGGUCUGAUGAACCUAGUAGCCAUAGCCAUUAUUUACAUCCUCUCCUUGCUAUUCCUGGUGUCCUAUGCCAAGAUUUCAAUAAAGCUCUACAACAUCUCCCAAGGGAAAGCCAAGCAGCAGAUUAAGAAAGUGAGCACCAGAGCCAUCAUGAAAACCUUCAUUGUCCUGGCCAUCUACAUGGUCUGUUUCAUGCCGUAUCACAUUGUCCGAGUGCCAUACGUUCUCUCCCAGAUCAAGGUCAUCAGCAGUUGUGAGUGGAAACAAACCCUGCACAUCGCCAAUGAAUUGGUCUUGUGUCUCUCUGCCCUAAACAGCUGCCUGGAUCCAAUCAUCUACUUUUUCCUCUCCAACUCUUUCCGAAGGGCAGUGUUCCAUACCAUCCAAGGCAGGUUGAACAAGACCUUCCCCAAACCCAAUCUGCUCAGGAACAGUUUCAAAUCCAUCACUGAGAUCUGA